AUGAUCAUCGGUAUGAUCAUCGUCAUUGUCGCACCGCCAUUGACAUCACAUUACUGUCACCGUCGCCUGUCACCGAGAUACCGUCAUCGACACCAUCAUCGUCAUCGCCACCGUCAUUACUUGCCAUCAAGCGCGAACACCAAAACUCGCCUGAAAUAUGGCUAUUAUAUCGCGCGAUUUUCCGUUAUAAUCGCUACCUUGAUCUGGCAGGUCGUGCGAUCCACCGGCGGCAAGAGCAAAACGGAGAAGGUUCAAAACGCCGAUCAGCGGCAGCGUGAAUUCCUGAAGAGACGAAGAUCCUUGUCGCGUCAAACGGAGCCAUCGUCCUCCAUCGAUCCUGUAAAGUCCAUUUCCGCUCCUAUCGCCGCCGCAUCCCCGUCCCACUCCGCAACGACUGUGUCCAGCAAAAGCACAAUGUCCGAAGAAACAGCCUCUAGCAGUUCCAGAGUAUCUCGGGAGGUCCAGCAAGUGAACCCGCAACUGGAGGUGAUUCGUGUUUAAAUGCGGACGCGCAAUAACGCGGAAUGCGCGUAACGAGAGGAAAGAAAUAGGAUCUAACGUAUAUAUUAAAAGCGAUAUAAAAUUCCACCCAUGAGUUUCGAUUGACCGUGAAAUUCUAUUUCGACAUUUACCUCUGGAAGCAUGUAUUUUUUUUCUUUAAUUGUGAUUAUGUCAAA